AAUAAUUUACAGAUGGAAAGCAAGACUCAGAGAGAUGGAAGGUCAUUUGAGGGUCUUUUAGAAAACUUUCAGUGCAGUUUGGGGUCUAUAAGGAUGAUAGACAGCCUCAUACUUAAAUCUAACCUAGGUCCUUAUUUUAAAGUAGUUGAUAAUGGGAAAGCAUUUAAGAGAACGAACUCACUUGCAGGCAUACGUUCCCAGUUUGGAAGUCAACAAAAGAUAGAUAAUAGUACACUCAAGCCUAAGAGCACAGCCAAAUCCUCCAUCUUUGAUUAUGGUAGGGAUAAAAAGAAGAAAAGCUAUUCGAUGGAAAAGAUUGGCAGACUCAAGAAAAUUAAUUUCAAGAAUUUAUUGAAAAACACAGAUGUUCCUAUGAAGGAGGAAGAAGAUCAGAAAAACUCAAAGUCUAGCAAGGUCUCUGUUGGUCAUCGAAAGCCAAGGCAAUUUGUAUCUCUCAACUCUUUCUUUACUAAGAAAAUCAGUUCAAGCAAAUAUAGGAGAAUGCAUCAGUCCAAGAGACAGAAAGGCAGGAAGAGCCAAAACACACAAAGAAAGACGUUGAGGAAUGAGAUAUUAACUUUAAAUAAUGACCUAGCAAUGAUUGACUUGAACAACAGACUAACCAAGACUAAAAACCCGAAUUCUCCGCCUUCAGGCUCAAAUAAGGGCAAAUUUGAGUACAAAGUCUCUAUGCUAGAAGUCAACAAAGAGAGCAUCAAAAACAAAAUCAAGAAGCUUGAUAAAGGGUUUGGGAAACAAGCCCUCAAGUUCUCCAUGAAGCAACGGCCCAGUACGACGACUAAUAGUAAGACCAGGAGGUCCCUUAUGGAGCCAAAGUCUCUAAUCGGAGCUAAGGAUACUUCGGGUAAAGAAUACCCAUUGUUCAGGAAGACGACUCAUGAGAGUCCCCAAAUAACCAAGGCUAAGUUCUCUGAAACUGGUGAAAGAAAAUCAAUAUCAGCUUUGAGGCCUGGUUCGGACAAUUCCUAUCUAAAUGUUAAUUUUUCGCUGGCAUCAUCACAAUCGAAAUUUCCUGAUUUUAACAACUCAACUCGCAUCAUAUUUUUGCCGAUGAAUGGAGGGUCCCAAGCUUACUCCUUAGUCACAGGUAUUCCAAGGAGUGAUCCUAGAUUUGAACUAUAA